CCAUAGCCAAAAAGACCACAGGAUUCCAAAAUGAUAUUUUCUUUUCAAAAAAUAUUUAUUUGAAUAGUUUUUAGUGAGUGAAUCUACAAAGAUUGUCGGUUGACAACGAUUCAAAAUUCCUAAUUAAACAAUGAUAACCAUAUAAUACAGUGAGACGAAAAACAAAGCAAGGGAGGACCAAGCAAGUGGCCAUGUGGCAGAACGAGGCUAGGGAAAAUUCCCAAUUACCCCCUUUUUACCCUCACAAUCUUACUUAUCCAGAAGAUCUGAACCGUCGGAUCAGUCGUCUUAUAUUAAUCCAAAGAUAAAUAUUGAUUUGCAUGUAAGAUGACAAUGGGUCGGGUUUUGCCAAACCCAAAUUCAUGGGUUUAUCCGUGAAAAAAAAUUCGGGGUAAAAUUUAUUGGGUUUAAAAAACUCAAACCCAACCCAACCCAUUGGGUAUCCGCGGGUUCAUGGAUACCCACGGAUUUUUGUCGUAAAAAAUUUACAAUAACAAGUUCCUAUCAAAAUUAAAGUCAAAUAUCAAUCUCUCAAUACAAAUUAUCCAUAUUUAAAACACCAUUCUAGAAAAUUCAAACAAAUCACAAAUUAACUAUACAAAUUGUUCAACGCCAAUCUAAAAAACUCAAGAAAAUUGAAGCAAAUCACAAAUUAUCCAUAAAUAACAUGAUUAAUUAAAAGCUUCUUCCUUUCAAUUAAGUUUCUUCACUCUCCACUAGAUAACAUCAAUUUCAUUCUACACAAUUAGAAAGAAAAAAUUAGACAUGUCUCCACAAACAUAAAUAAAAUUAGUUGUUUAGAGUAUUAAAUAUACCGAGAAAAUUAAUUAUGUGGGUGUGGGCGGGUACCCAUUGGUCGGGUUUACCCAAACCCAACCCGAUGAAUGAUGAACGGAUUUAAAACAAAACCCGGCCCAAAACCCGUCAACACGAAUUUUACCCGCGUUGACCGAAUUAGAUCGGAUGGUACUCGUGGGUUCGGGUUUUGUUGCCAUCCUAUUUGCAUGGGGCCGACAGCAUUUCGCAGCCGGUGCCCGGCCGCCGUGGUUGGCUUUCUUGAACCAAAAGGGUUAAAAAAAGGAAAGCAGAGCAGCCGAGCUGAGAUUUUUCAGAAAUCAAAAUGUUUGAACGACCACCAUAUCCGCACCUAUUUUUCCUUCAUCUUAAUAUUAAUUUUUCAGCGUCUCCUUAGAAAAAGACGAUCUUUGCUUGUCGUUUUGUCCCAAGCACUUCUUUCUUCGUCUCUCCAAAGCAUAUUUGACAUAUCAAGCAGCCAACUGACUCUGUUGUUCCAUUUCGAAUCAUAUAGACCCAACGCCGCCUCUCGCCAGUAGCUAGCAAAACCUAAGCUUAAAUCAAACAUGGCGGCCACCAAACCAAUACCAUCAGUAAUUUCAUUUUCAGAACGAUACCCAAAAAAAUAAAAAUAAAAUUUAAAAACAGACAACCAGGCCUACAAACUGACGAGAACUGCACACUCUGCCCUGUUUCAGUAUAAAUAACGCAGUAUUCUCUGCAAGAUUGAUCAUUCCCAGUUUCUCAACUCGAUUCAAAAGCAGAAUUCAACUGUAAAGAAACCCAAUAGAUCGGAAACCAUGGAGCUGAAUCAAUUGCUACACAAUCCCAUCAUCCUUUCCGUCCUCUUAAUCACAAUUCCCCUGUUUUUCCUUCUCAAAAUUCGAAGGCAACCCAACAAGAAGCUCAACCUCCCACCAGCCCCGCCGGCUCUCCCGUUGAUCGGAAACCUCCACCAGGUCGGCGCCGUCCCGUACCGCAACCUGAAACAUCUCGCCGACAAGUACGGCUCCCUCAUGCUCCUCCGCUUCGGCGCCGUCCCGACCCUCGUCGUCUCCUCUGCCCAGGCGGCAGAAGAGAUCACCCGCGACCACGACGUCGUUUUCGCCGACCGCCCCCGGCUCACCGUCGCCAACGUCUUCUUCUUCGGCUGGAGCGACCUGGCCUUCUGCCCCUACGGCGAGUACUGGCGCCAGGUCAAGAAGAUCUGCGUGCUCGAGCUCCUCAGCCAGAAGCGGGUUCAGGGGUUCGACUUCGUCAGGGAGGAAGAGACCGACAAAUUGAUCGCCGAGAUCUCCGCCGCCAGCCGGAAAGGGGAGGCGGUGGACCUCAGCGAGUCCCUGGUGUCGAUCUCGAACAACAUCGUGUCGAGAUCGGCGCUCGGGAGGACUUAUACGAAGAGCGAGGAUGGGGAAUUGAGUUCAGGGGAUUUGGUGAGGACUUCUCUGGCGCUGGUGGGAGGAUUCUGUUUCAAGGAUUUCUUCCCCUUUCUAGGGUUUCUGGAUACGUUGAGAGGGUUCAAUGCAAGAGUGAGGAAAGCUUCCAAGGCGCUUCAUGAUUUCCUCGACAGAGUGAUUGAAGAGCACGAGAAGGCGAACCUGCAGGGGAACAAGAGUAGCGUCGGGUCGGCUGAUCGGAAGGACAUCAUCGACAUUCUUCUCCAAUUGGAAAGGGAAGGGAAGCUUGGGAUCAAUCUCACUCGGGAGAACAUGAAAGCCGUUGUCAUGGAUAUGUUCAUAGGUGGAACUGACACAACCGCGUCUUCCAUGGACUGGGCAAUGGCGGAAAUGAUAAAGAACCCGACCAUCUUAAAGAAAGCUCAGGAAGAGGUAAGAAAGGUGGUGGGGAAGAAACCUAAAGUGGAAGAGAGCGACCUGGACCAAAUGAGCUACCUGAGAUGUGUGAUCAAGGAGACGUUGAGGCUUCAUGUGUCGGGGAUCAUCCCACGACAGACCACGAGCGAUGUAAAGAUCGACGGGUACGAUAUUCCGGCAAACACGAGGGUGUUGAUCAACACAUGGGCGAUCCAGAGGGAUCCGAAGCAGUGGGAGAGGCCCGAGGAGUUCGAUCCAGAGAGAUUUGUGGGGAGCGAGCUGGAUUUCAGAGGACAACACAAGGAAUACCUUCCGUUCGGUACUGGAAGGAGGAUCUGUCCUGGAAUUUCUUAUGCGCUGAGGGAGGUCGAGUACGUGGUCGCUAAUCUGCUCUACUUGUUCGAUUGGGGACUGCCAGGGGGAGCUCGAGGCCAGGAUAUGGAUAUGACUGAUAACUAUGAUAUGGUCAUCCGCAGGAAAAUGCCUCUUGUUCUUGUUCCCACCCUCCGUAAGUGAGGUUUAAUCACUAUGAUUCUUGCAGGAUGGUAUGUUGUUUUUUCCGUUUAUUUGUUAAUGAAUUUCAACCUUGGCUAUCUCAUGGUGUAAAAAUACUAUGAAUAAGAAAAAUAACGAGGCUCUAUUUCCCAGUUGUAUGAGUUCGUAACUGAAUUUCAACCCUAGCUAUCUCAUUGUAUCAACUAGUUGAUAAAAUUGUUUUUCUUGUUUCAGUGUUUCAACCUUGAAAAUAUCUCAGCUAUGUUGAUUGUCCUAAACAACUAUGUUAAUUAGUUACUUUUCAUAAUCAAAUUGCAUGUAGUGGUUGUAUCAGUUAAAAUGUUCGAUAGAAUACAAAUUACCAAAGUCAUUGACUUCAUAGACAAAGAUAAAAGAUUACAAGUUGUUGUAUAUAUAGUCUACAACUCUUUGCACAAUAUCUGAAGUUGAACCAAAGAAUUUGGCAUCUGUGACAUCCAAUUUAUUUUAAUUGACCUCCUAUAGAGAUUUUUUUGAGUUUCCGCAACUAUAACUUAUACGGCUAUUAACAAUAUAUCAAAAUCUUUAUGGAACAUAAUAUAAAGGAUAAUUUCGGUCAAAUCUCUAUGUUUGGCCCGGUUUUUAGAAGUGCUUUUAGACUUCAAAAGCUUAAACAAGGCCAAAACACCUGUAAAAGCUCGACUUUUGAAAAGUCGAAAAACGCUUUUGUAUAACAUAAAAGCAUAAGCUCCGAUUUGGAACUUCUGCGAAAAACUAUUUUGAAAAUACAAAAUUAUCCUUACCAUAUUUUAAUUUUAUUUCAGAAAAUAUAAUUUUCCUUCAUUUAUAUCAUUUAAAAAUAAAAUAAAUUAUACAAUCAUAUUAUUUAAUAUAAAAGAAAUCUAACAAGAUCCAUUUUGUUUACUUUUUAUUGUUUAGAAUUUUUAUUCAUAUUUUAUAUUAUAAGUCCUUUAUAGUCAUUUUACACAAUCUUUCAUAUUAAAAAGCACUUCUAAUAGUCUUACAACCAAACACUAAAUUGCUUUUUUGAAAAGUAUUUAUCUAAAAGCUCUGGCCAGAAGUUGUUUAUGCAAAAGCUACCGCAGGGCCAAACUAAACUAUUAACCCUUAUAUUAACUCGGCUCGUUGGCCGUUGCCACUCCUCAACCACCGUCGAUUUGAUUGCCGGCCACCGCCUUCCGUCUUUGUCCGUCCCCGGCCCGAAAACCAAAACCGAACAGAAUAAAUCUUACUAGAUUUGUGCCCGGCCUAUUGGCCGGGAUGUGUUUCAUUUGGUUAUGAUAUCAAUUGAUUUAACUCCUAUAUUUACAUUAUUUGGUAUAAUUAAAUAUAUACUUUUUGUAAAAUAUUUUCAAAAAAUAAUUUGUGGUUUCUGUGCUUGAAAUGAAGGGCCAUAAAAGUUUGAUCUAUUGGAUAACAUUUAAACCAACCACUCAAUAUUUAGUGGAUAACUUUUUGUUCGGUUUAUAAUCGGUACAUUUUCAUAAGUUUAAAUAGUAAACUCGUAAUCGAUGCAUAUCAAAUAUUGAUUAAAUUGGCAUUUCAACCAACCACUCAAUACUUACUGGAUAACUUUUUGUGCUGAACAUAAUCGGUACAUUUUCAUAAGUGUAAAUAGUAAACUCGUAAUCGAUGCAUAUCAAAUAUUGAUUAAAUUGGCACAUACACAAUAUGAUAGUUUGACCCUGUAGUAGUUUUUGUAAAAGUGACUUUUAGCUAACCUUUUAGAGAUUUUUUUUAUCAAAAGACAACUGAGUGUUGAUUAAUAAACUAUUAGAAGUACAUUUUAAUAUUAAAGAAAAUGAAAACCGACUAAAUUUUUUUAUUACAAAAUAUAAAUCAAACUAUAAUAGAAUCAAGUAAAAUGGAUCUUCUUAAAUUUUAUAUCAAAUUUUAUUUUUAUAAUCAAUUUAAUUUUAAAAU